AUGGACAGUAGUGUAGAGGAGGCCACAAUGACCUUGUUGAAAAGCAAGAAAAAUGUGGUCCUUGUGCGAGAAUCCAGCUCCGAGCCCGCUGCGCUGGCUACUUUUGAUUACUCAGACCUCAACGCCUACCUUCUGGUUGUUGUUGGCCUUUCGAAGCCUGAGGCCCACCAAGUUGAGCUGUAUAAUAACAUAAUGCUUAACGCUCGAGAGGGGAAUAAUAUCUCUAUGCGAAAAAUACAGGCCCUGUGCAGACAGGAACCACUCGUCGCGGUUCCGUCGAAUGGCAAUCUAGCCCAGGCCAUCGAAAUUCUAGGAAGUGGAAUUCACCGCCUUCUGGUCACUAAUGCACUGGGAAACGUUGUAGGCAUUAUGAGUCAACUUCUGAUGGUUGAUUUCUUUUGGAAUGAGGGUGUUAACUUUCCUGCUGUUGACCGAUUGUACCCUGUCAUGCUACGAGAUUUGGGCUUCGGAUGCUCCGCUUUCGGAAGCUCUGCUCCUCAUGCACAAUGA